GUGCGUGUGGCGGUAGAUGUGCAGCGCAUUCAAGGGGCCAACGCGUCCACGUGAAGCGUCGUGUGUGUGUGUGUGUGUGUGUGUGUGUGUGUGUGUGUGUGUGUGUGUGUGUGUGUGUGUGUGUGUGUGUGUUGCCGCGGAAGAACUAGUACGCACAGAAGAACGCGCGGCAGACUUCAUUAUGAAGGAGGACAGGCAAGGCACAUGACCGAGGAGGAGGAGGGUGGCACGGUGGCAUCGCCUACAGGAAUCUCAUUCUGAAGUAACGCCGCGGAAAGAAAUGCGCUGAGGUUUUCAGUUAACAUAGCGGAGGAUUUGUCUGCCGUUCGGUCGUCACCGAAGAGAGGGACCACAAUCCCAACAAAGGAGAAAGGUACCUCGAAGUUGCGCUGGACUAUUCGACGCGACGUUUUGAAGAUGAAUACCAACGAUGCCAAGGAGUAUCUCGCCAAACGAGAGAUACCUCAACUAUUUGAGAGCUUGCUGACAGGUCUGAUGUACUACCGCCCUGAGGACCCCGUCGACUACCUGGAGGGCUGCCUGCGGAAGGUGCGCGAGCUGGGGGGAUCUGAGAAGGUGCGAUGGGACACCUUCGUGGGCCAGGAGAAGAAGUCUUUGCCCCCCCUAAACGGGGGCCAGUCCCGGAGGUCCCUCUUCAGAAACGUGCUGCCCGACAGCCCCAACUUCCCGUACCGGCGGUACGACCGCCUGCCACCCAUCAGCCAGUUCUCCAUCGAGAGCGACUCGGACCUGUCGGAGACGGCCGAGCUCAUCGAGGAGUACGAGGUGUUCGACCCCGCCCGGCCGCGGCCCAAGGUCAUCCUGGUCAUCGGCGGCCCGGGCAGCGGCAAAGGAACACAGAGCCUGAAGAUCGCCGAGCGCUACGGCUUCCAGUACGUGUCAGUGGGGGAGCUGCUCCGCCGGAAGAUGAUCCACAACGCCACCAGCAACCGCAAGUGGAGUCUGAUCGCCAAGAUCAUCACCAACGGAGAGCUGGCGCCUCAGGAGACCACCAUCACUGAGAUCAAACAGAAGAUCAUGAAGAUACCUGACGCCGCUGGGAUCGUCAUAGACGGGUUCCCGCGUGACGUUGGACAGGCCUUGUCAUUUGAAGACCAGAUCUGCACCCCUGACCUGGUGGUGUUCCUGGCCUGCGCCAACCACCGCCUGAAGGAGCGCCUGGAGCGGCGGGCGGAGCUGCAGGGACGCCCCGACGACAACCCCAAGGCCACGGAGCGGCGCCUCACCAACUUCAAGCAGAACACCAUCCCCCUGGUCAAGUACUUCCAGGAGAGGGGGCCCAUCGCCACGUUCGAUGCUGAUCGAGAUGAGGAGGAGGUUUUCAGUGACAUCAGCAUGACUUUGGACAGCAAACUUUUCCCUUUCAAAUCACGGGUAGCAGGGCCCGGUGAACUGGAUCUCAGCCUACUGGGCGAACCCAACAGUCUGCCAGAUGCUCCUGGGGAGGUAAGACCGUCAGCUGCUGCUAGUCCUCAGGAGGAUGAGGAGGGAGAGGAGGAGGAAGAGGAGGGAGAGGAGGUGGAGGAGAUUGGUUACAGUGAGGCAACAGCAGAGAGUUCCGACUGCACAGACGUCAGGAAACCAAAAGUCAUCUUCAUGAUAGGCUCAGCCCAGGCUCUCCAGCAGAGCGGGGUCACGGCAGACCGCCUGGGCCUGGCCCGGGUCAGCCCGGCGGAGCUGCUGGUCCGCGAGCUGCAGAGCCACGGCGACCGGGGGCGCCACCUACAGGACGUCCUGGAGCGCGGCGAGCCGGUGCCCGAGGACGUGCUGGUGGGGCUGGUGUGUGAGGCGGUCGCCUCCUCUCUCAGACAGGAUAAAGGAGUACUGCUGGCAGGGUUCCCAAGGACCCUGAGCCAGGCCCGGGCGUACCAGGCCAGGAUGGGCGCGCCCCAAGCCGUGCUACUCCUCUGCCCGGUCCCGUCCGACGCGCCCCCCGACCGGAUCCCGUCUCCGGGCCUACCUUCCUCCUCCACCUCCUCCUCCUCCUCCUCCUCCUCCUCCUCCUCCUCCUCCUCCUGCUCCCAGAUGGACCGGGGCGCGUGUCCAGGCAGCACCCCCCUGGCUGAGCUCUACCACCAACAGAACCUCUUGCACCGGAUCGACGGCGACUCACCGGAGGUGGAGCUGACGCAGAUGCGCCUCGCGCUGGACUCCUGCUAAGAGGGGCGUCUCUUAAAAGCUCAGAGGGACCCACACUCUGCGGCAACCGGGAGACCCGCUUAUCAUUUGUGACCGACUGUGUCUCUCUUCUCUCUUGUGUAUCUUUAUUAAAAACCCAGCCAUUCAAUGGAAAACGCACCCAGACACUGAAAGCAUAAGCCCUACAGACUCACGUACAUUAAGCACCAGUGAAAUGCAUGCUGUUGGUGUCAUCUAAACACUCCGUUUUACUAUCAGUAUCAGUGAUUAACUAUCUUGCGACACUGAAUAAAACACAUCCGGGUCGACAGAGCGCUCGAGUCUCUUAUUUAACUAAACACCGUCUUUGCUCUCUCUAAUCUUGAUCGGACUCCGUCAACGGUUAACGCUACAUCUCCGAGCCCGACAGCCGGGGACCGACUGCGCCGCGGGGAGAAAUGAUCAACGCGACUUAUGGCCCGCCGUGAUUCCGAGGAGCGUUUGUGGUUGAAUGCUUAAAACUGCUGCGUUCAGAUAAAGCGCUUUUUCUUUCUGUUUUGUGCAGUGCGAGUGUCUUGAAAAGACGAGGGAAAGGGUAUACCUGUCAAACUGUACAGGUAUUCUGACUAUCAUGUGCAGCAUGCUUUAUUCUGUAGCAAGCAUGCAACAAUUACAAUCAAGCGUAUUGCCUUUUUGUGUCAGUACAUAAAGUGAGGUGAAAAACUAACAAAAAUAUAUAUUGCAUUUAUAAUUGGUUAAAGUUCAAGCUUUAUGUAUGGGACAAUGUUACAUUCAAUUACUUGUCUGAGUCAGAUAUUUAUUAAAUAAAGCAAGAGCAUUUGUUUAAUUGAG